AUAAUAUACUACAGCAAUUACGUGUAACUACAAUGUGUGUAUGUAGUAGUCAUUUGGAAAAGUAUAGGUCGUAGGAUGCAAAUAUAUUAUUAAACCUUUGUUUCCGUUUAGGAACACUAAAAAUCGAUGGACAGACUUCCUGUCAGUAAAACAACAAUAUGGCUGCGCUCCGCAGGGGUGUGUUUGGAUUCAGAUCAUUUAGGUUGUCUUCAUUUUUACUAAACUCUAGUAGGCAGAAAGUCGUGAGUAGAGACCGGGUUCCCUUUCUGUUCAGAUGUAAUUACAGCAAACUGGCACUGGGAGUCGGGACAGGGCUCUGUGCUGUUCCAUUUUCAAAGAAAUCUGAAGAUCUCACACAUGAAGCACUGAUUAAACGGGCAGUAUCACUGGUAACAAACAGUGCCAAUACCUAUUUGUCACAAACAACUCUUGCUUUAGUAGAUACGCUAACAGAGUACACCAAGGCAUUGUACACCUUGAUCUCCAUUCAGAAGCGUUAUGUCGGUCUCAUUGGAAAGAUGAAUCCAAACGAGGAAGAUGCUAUUUGGCAACUUGUAAUUCGUUCUCGUGUGGAGGUAAAUGAGAAGCAAGAAGACUGCAAGCGUUUUGAAUCCAAUUGGAUGAAUGCAGUAAACCUGUCAGAGAGGGCUGCAGAGGCUGCUUAUGUUGCUGGAGCUGACCAGGCCUCUGUUUUUGCACGCAGUCACUUGCAGAUGUCACAGACUCAGGUGGAGGAGGCGAGACAGCUGUCUUUAAAAGCAGAGAGAAUGUUAGCCGAAGUCCAGGCAGAUGAGAUCAGGAGAACAGCACAGCAGGCGCAAACAUCAGAAAGUGCUGCUGGAUUAGAAGAAGAAAUUCCUGAUGCAUAUCUACGAGAAGACUAAACAUUUUACAAAAAGAAUGUGUGAUUAUGAUCAUCCCUUAUUGUUUAAUGCUCCUUGCAAUAAUUGCAUACACUGUGUCACACUGAUUAGGAUCCGCAGAUCUAUAACUUAUCAAGUUUAAUUAUUUAAGCAUAUCAUACUUAUGUUGAAUUAGUGUUGACCUGGCUGCCUAUGGUGACCCUAGACAGUGUAAUGCCACUAAUGCAAUGUUUCUCCAAUUUAUUUCUCAACCCUUUUGUUUAAAGUCUGCAUUUAUUUAAAGAAAACCUAUAAAUAUCAAGAGCACUAAAAACAAAUAUCCUGUUAAAUGACAUCACCAUGUUGUCACAGUGUCUUACUAAAUUACACACAGAUACAUUUCUUUCUUUUUUACAAGAUGUGGAAAGAUUCCUUGUCAUUGUAGCAUUGGAUAACAUGCCAUGACAAGGUUCUCAUCUCUGAAAUUCAGUGAGAGAUGAGGACCUUGUGAAAGCGAUGCACAUAUUACUCUGUGUUCUGUAAUGCUUCAGCUUCACUUUAGAACCAGAGAACAUGUACUAAUGAGAGGAGGCCAUUUGGCCCAUCUAUACUUGCUGAUUGAUCUAAAAACUUUGUUAACUUGGGUCUUAAAGCAUCCCCAUGAUGCAGCAUCAGCAACAUUUACCUGUUUUCUAAGGGCUAACCCCAAAAUAUGUAUGUUUGUGGAUCUGAAUUCCUUACUGGGGAUAUAGUCAAAAGUAACUUCACCUGUCUUGUUAGGCUGUUCUUCUACUGCACCUAUUGUGCCCCCUAUUGGGGCCACAAAUGCGAUGUCACACAUGGGUUUUCUCACCAUGCAGAUCAAGAAUCAUGACUGAUGGGUAUUUAAAGUUUAUUUUUAUUUGUUAUGUUUCCUUUAAUAUGAAGACUACUAUGCCUGUGUUGUUCAAAUGAUUGGAGGUUUGCAAAAAAUAAGUAUAUGUUUUAGUCACUGCUUUUGUAACUUGUGUACAGAAUGGGAAGAAACUGUCUUUGUGGUGUAAUUGUUAGGUUGUGGAUGUGGGAGAUCAUAGGUGUCAUCUGUCAAUUCAUUUUUUAAAGAGACUACUAUCGUGAUCCUGUAGAGUGGGUCAUUAGGUGAUGCAUGGAUUUGAAAAUAGUUUGGAAAUGGUUUAUUAUUUUGUAAAUGUAUAAAUAAAAUAAAACAUGUACUAUUUUAUGAUUCCUCUCUCUCUCUCAAAAGAUAUUUGGUAAGGGGUCUGAGAGGAGAAAUGGGCAAUAAAACCCCAUCCCCAGUUGUUCUGUAAAUCAAAGAUAUAGGGGUGAGGAGAAGUUAACAUUGUUAGGUUUAUUCCCUAUGUGGUUACUACAGGUUUAGUGACAAAAAAUCUCAUGUUUUUAUAUCUGUAUUCUCAGUAAGGCCGCUUUCCUCUGCCAGGGGUUGAUCCUGUUUGCUGUUAUUAACACAUUCCAUUAGAGGCUGUGAUUGUGAUGCGAGUAGUGUGCUAUACACGUUUCUGUGUGUGUGUGUGUGUGUGAUAUUAGCAAAAUUUAAACUGAGGGUUAUUUUUACUAUAGCCCCAACUUUAAACUGCUUGAUAUUAUGGUACAGUGUGUUAUUUGUGUGUAUGAGGUACCAUAAAUCUGAAAAAUA